AUGGCUUCCGAUUUGCGGAACGAUCACGACAUGGAAGGCGACAUUCAAAAAGAAUCGACGGAUCUCCAAGGAACCGCCGCAGAUGAUUCCCAAGCCUCCGAUAACGACGGUGGUGAGCGUCCCGUUCGCAACAAGUUGAAGGAAACUUCCAUCACAGCCUCCCCGAACCCCCCGACUGAACAACCGCAGGAAGGCGGAAAUACCAGUCGGGCUAGCAGCAGAGGCCGAAAGCGUUCAUUCGAUGACAAUGAGCCAGAGAAGUGCGACGUUGAAAAUGAUGAUCUCGGUCAUAGACGGAAACGGUCGCGCGAUUCUAGCUACGAAGAAGCGAAUGCGGCUUCAUCCAACGCUGAAAGGACGCAGCCAGAGGAGUCGACCAAUGUGGAUGGUCUCUCAAAGACUUUGGGCCCGAAGAAGAAGAGAAGUAGAGAUCAGUUGGACAAAGAUGAGAACAAGGCUGAAGAUGCUGUUGCGAGACCGGAAGCUCAGCACACCUCCACAGAGGAGGGUGCCUCUACGGAGAAAUCUACAGGUGAGAGGGAGCCGGAAAAGAAACGACAUAGGGACAAUUCGCAGGAGAGAGAUUCGGCCGCUGUUCCCAACGCAUUUGCAAAUGCUUCUACUGUCUCUCCUUUCGGCUCACUAGGUACCUCAAAACUAAAAGAGGCAGAAGAACCCUCCAAGCCUGCCACUAUGACAUCCUCGUCCGCCUUCGCCUCGUCAAGUCUGGCCGCCUUUGCGAGCUCGGAACAAUCGCCGUUCGGUUCGCUAGGAGGUUCCACUACUUCGGUGUUCAAAUCACCGGCUACCACAGAAGCUGGGAAACCAGCUGCUACUGCAUUCGCCGCUGCGGCCGGCACUUCGGGUUUUGCGGCUCUGGGGUCCGGAUUUUCAGGAUUUCACGGAGGAUUUGGGGCAUCGGAAUCCAAGGGAGGUCUUACCAGUUUUGCCUCGCCAGGGGCGCCUAGUCUUUUCGGCAGCUCUAGCAAGAAGCCGUUCGGUGCUACAGAGGACGAGGAAGAGGAAAGCAAAGACGAAGAUGGCGAUAAUGGACUGGCAGAGUUCGAGCAAGACAAGACAGACGAGAGGUUCUUCGAACGACCGAUCGAGACAGGAGAGGAAGAAGAAAAGACGUACUUCUCCUGCAAAGCGAAACUCUUCCAAUUCUCUGAUGGAGAAUGGCGAGAGCGUGGUAUCGGUACAUUCAAAGUAAACGUCAAAGUCACCGACGGCAAAGAGGACAAGAACACCGCUCGCUUGAUCAUGCGCGCCGAUGGCGUAUUGCGCGUGAUGCUCAACACUCCCAUCUUCAAGGGUAUGAAUGUCGGUGAUGCGUCCGGCAACGAACCGAAAUCGAAACAGAUCCAUCUUGCUAGCUUGGAAAGUGGUCGUUCGGUUCCUAUCUUGCUUCGAACGGGAAGUGAGGAUCUUGCCAAGGAACUUUACCAGGUCGUCUGCGACCUACUCGAGGAACAGUGA